AAAGUAACUGCUUUGGAAUGGAUAAAUAGUCAUGAUAUAUCUAUGUUGAUGGUAGCUUCAGAUGAUGGUGGAAUUAAGUUGUGGCGUCCGAAUGUAGGAUCAAGUCGUGAACCCACACUUAUAACAGCUUGGCAAGCUUUCAACGAACCUAAAUCCAAGUUUUCAGGUAUUGUGAUGACAUGGGAACAAUGGACUCAGACUCUAAUAACAGCCGGUGAUUCUCGACUGGUACGAUUUUGGGAUGCUGAACGUGAAUUGAUAGCCUUUGAUUUACAUACUGGAACAGACAGUCCAGUGACUUGCAUCGACUCGACGUUUUCUAGUGUGUGCCAAGAAAACUUCAAAAACUAUCGACAAAUGGAUGACGAUGAUGGAUAUCUUGUUGAUAAACAAAACUAUCAUAGCACAAAACUUGGAUUGUGUGCCGUGGGUUGUGGUGAUGGUUCUGUUCGAUUAUUUGACCGAAGAUGUAGUCCUAGUGAAGCGAGAGUUAGAGUUUGGAUGGAACAUAUGGGAAGUGUUUUGACCAUUCAACUAAGAGAUAAUCUGAUUGUUAGUGGAAGGUAAAUGUAAAUACAUACA